AGCGCGAUUAGCGCAGUCUUGUUUUUACGCGCCAUUUUCAGCUGGAAAGCGGCGUCUGAUGUGAUUGAGCUGCGAACACCGGAGGGAAGUCACCGGCCGCUCCUCCCGGCCACUCUCACAUCCUGAGGCUAAUUUCGCGAUCAUGCUGCUGCCUUCCGACAUAGCGCGGCUUGUCCUGGGCUACUUGCAGCAAGAAAAGCUUUCUAAUACCUGCAGAGCCUUUAUAUUGGAAAGUGGUGACCUAAAGGAGUAUGCGGAACACAGUACUGAAGAUGGAUUGGUUCCUGCUUGUUUACUGUCACUUUUUGGAAAAAACUUGAAAACCAUUCUUAAUGAAUAUGUGAUUAUGAAAGCAAGAGAUUCAAUGCCAGAAGCACCUGCAGUGUUGCCAUCCUUGUGGAGGAAAUUGGAGUACACGCUUUCUCAAAUUAGGAGUUUGCAACAGGGCUCUGUGGCACUGGCUACAAACCAGAGAGCUCGCACAAAAAAUGCUUUAAGUGAAUUAAGACGACGAGGAAAUUAUUCUUCAAGGCAGGUGGCAAGAGCUAACUCCAGCCUUUUGUCGAUUUCUCCACAAACUGAGCAGAGGAUUAUUAAACCUCUGUCAGCAAACCCAGUUGUAAUAACACACAGCACUGGAACCAGUCCAGUUAUCCCACAGCCUCGACCCGAUGUUUGUGCAAACCAGAUUCGUUCACAAGACCCUAGUCGGCCUGCUGCUAACCCAAGUGGUGAUGUUCUUCAUAUUGUUGUUCCUGGACCUUGUGACCGAAGGCUACAACCUGAACACAUUUCACCAGGGAAACGGAAAUGUGAUUCCCCUCGCAAAAGAGGUAGCUUUGUAUCAGGACAGAAUUCAACUUCUAGAAGUGUGGAGAAUGAAGUGGAAGAAAGCCAAGUAGAAAUUGCUGUUGAAAGUUUUCCACAAAGAGUAAUUGAAAAUGCCAGAGAGAAAAUCUUGAAGGACCGAUCUCUAUUGGAAAAACUUGCAGAAAAUAUAAAUAAAGUUAUGUUCAGUGAGACUAGUACUGGACACCCUUCAAAGCCACCAGACAAUAGUACUUCAUUACCGGAACAGUCCAUUGAUGAGAUCCUUGGCCUUGGGGAUGAAGUCCAUAUGUCCGAUGAAGCUAUCCAGGAUAUCUUGGAGCAGACCGAAUCAGACCCUGCAUUUCAGGCUUUGUUUGAUCUCUUUGAUUAUGGUAAAUCCAAAAGGAGUGAAGACGGUGAUCAUGGACAGUGCAGUCAAGAAGACUUGGAAAUAAUAGAAAAUAGUGCAAGUUCGGCAUUCCCUGACGUAUUUAACACCUAUCAAACAGAGGAAUUGGUGUCCUUACCUUCAAUGGCCUCUGAGAAAGUGUCAAGCGGCUAUAAGAAGAAAAGCAAAGCUGAUGGGACAAUGCAUAAAAAUAAAAUGUCAUCAGAAUCAAAUUCUACUACAAAAUGCACAAAAAAGGAAAAUCAAAUUUUUUCAACCUUCAACACAACUGAUGUAAACAGACCCAUGCUUUCAAUGGAUAGUCGGACGACCAGCAGCCAUGCAUCCAAAUGUAGCUGUUGGACCCAUGGAGAAGCCAGUUCUGUAUCUGACCUUCCUUCAUCUGUUGCUGCUAUUCACACAACUACUUCAGCAAUGUCAGAGUGUCAAGAAGCUGGGAACAUUGCUGAAAUGGAGAUUGAAGCCCAGUCAUCAUCUAUUUAUCAUGAAAAGGCAGAACUGUCUCCACUUACACAACAAGAGCUCAGUGAGGACCCUAUGGGCAUUGAAGAGUUAACUAAUCACAACGGGAAAGCAGAAUCAGUAUCCAAAUUGACAUGUCAAAAUGGCCUUGCUGCAGAAGCUAAUAAGUCUUCACUUUAUACUAAUAAGUCAAAAGCAGUUAUAAGUCAGCAUAAAGUUGAACAGCCAGCAACACAAACUGUGUGUGUUACAAGGACAAGUGAUAAAGCUGCAACUGUAGUUUGUACUAUACCACCUUCAGCUUGUUCUGAAGCAUCAGUUCAGUCAACUUUUGUAGUGCAGAAAAGUUCUGUAUGUGAGCCUGCUUCUCUGGAUGAAAGAAAGCCCUUAUCAGUUAACUCUGAUAACUCCUCAGUAACUAUAGUGCCAGAUCAGGAAAAUGCCAAGCGCACGCUUGAAAUUUCUAAAAGCCCUUCUUUAACCAAUGUCCUUGUUUGUACUGUACCUGAAGCAUCAAAUAGUUCCACUGUAAGCUCUAGUUCAGUAAACUCCCUUAAACCUGGUGCGAUUAAAACGUGCACUGUUUCUUCUGAAGUGGAGUUGCCUGAUCCAGCAGAGCCAGUUUCUUCCUCUGCUUCUUCUUCUAAAUCGAGCUCUGAGGUUAAGGGUAUAUCCCUUCAACAGAGUUUUGUUACUCCAGGCCUGACUGCUGCAGCUGAAAGUGUUUCAACUAACAUGGCGUCUAAGUCACACCUCACCUCCACUUCUGCAAAGACUGAUGUUAUUUCCACCUCUAAAAUGUCAAAUGCUGAACCUUCCAGCACAAUGGAGGUAGAUCCCACAAAUAUUGUAACUCUCAAGAUAAUAAUUAGUGAUGAUCCCAAACAGUCUUCAUCAGAUCCAGAAUUAAGUAAUGCUGUAUCUAGUAUUACAAAUGAAAAUGUACCAACAAUUAUAUUGUCCUCUCCAGGUGGUACACCCUUAAAAGGCAAAGGAUUGAGCCAACCUUUGUCAAGUAGCAAUAAUGUUGCUGUUACUGAAACCAAUCCUAGUUGCAAUGAGUGUGUAAGUACUGAAGAAACAGAAAGUACUACAAAUAGUUCGGGGUUGGCGGAGGAGCCUGAAAGCAGUGAGCAGAAUGUUGCAGCAACUGAAGUUGAAGCUAUGCCUGCACAAAGCAUUACCUCAAGUAAUGUGACCAUUAAUAUACCACAGACUGAUGGUACUCUGUUGUCACAAAAUCCAGUUAGCCUAUCAAAAGACACUGGGCUUAUUCAACUAUUGCCUGCCACUACCACGUUUGGGCAAUCCAACAGUGUCCUGAUAGCAACUUGUGUGCAAGAUUCUGCAGGGCAAUCUUUGAGGAAGGGAGAGGAACCAAAUAAUGGGAACACAUUUAUUUUGGACCACCAAGGAAAUUCUACAAAUGUCUUAAUGCUACCAAGCAGCUCUGCUUCCACCACUAUAUCGACAUCAGUUCCUCAAGCUUUAUCAACCCCUCCAAGGUCGAGCACAGUUUUUACCAUGGGACAGCCUGUAUCUUCAAGUUUUUCACAAGGUGCAGGGUCAACUUUUAUUAUUACAUCCCCUGUCCAGCCAGUGCUGCAAGGAAUGAUGGGAAUGAUUCCUGUUUCAAUAAUGGGUCCGAAUAAUGGAACUUCAUUCACAGUGUCGCCCCAACAGGUUCUCCGUAUGCCAGUAUCAUCAUCACUUGGCAAAAAGUGUAACAGAUUCAGCAAACUUCCCAUUUCAAGGAAACCACCGCAAUUAGCUGUUCAGCCAAGCACCUUAAAUGCAGGACCGUCAUCUGUUAUUGGCACUUUCAUUUCAAUAGAUCCAUCAAUCACACAAAGUAAUUCUCGGCCUCUCAGGGGUGAAAAUUCAGACCCGAAUAUUCCUGUAGACCAAUUAGGAAAAUCAAGAGAGUACCCAGUGGAGAUACCUAAUGCAUCAAGCUCAAAAUUGAGAUCUCAGCGCCAUAGACGAGUACUUUGCUUUGAUAAUGCAGCUGCCACAGAAUCAGACCAACCCAAAAUGGAGUCUAACACCAGUCAAGAGAAAAAAGAAAACUGUACAGAUAACAUAAAUCAAUCUGACAGACUUUUUAGUUCCCAGCACAAGGAGAGGUCUGAGAGGACAGAUACAAGGGUUAAUAAAGGGAGGGAAAUACAGGGGAAAUCAGAGAAAAAUAAAAAUUUAUCUUCUGGCCCAUCUUAUGAUUCAUUCCACAAAACAACAGCUAAUAAGGAAAAUGAGGCAAGUAGGGAUCAGGUUAGACAGAGAGGUAGAGAAACUUCUGAUCUUUCAAAUAUUCAAAUGCAAAAAAAAAGCUCUCAAAGUGAGAGACCUAAUUCUCAAACUACCAUCGCAGACAAGGAUGGUAUAAAUAAAAUUCCUGAAUCUCAGCAAGAGUGCAAAAAGGGAACCACUGCUCUUGCAUCCUCUCAAGAAACUGCUUCGAAAAGGAAUCCAGAUAAAAGUGAUAGUUUUAGCCUGACCAGCACACUGACUAAACAGGCGGCUGAGAUGCUGCAGGAUAUGCAGAGGCAAAGCCCUGCCCCAAAACAAACUAGUAAUGCUGACCUAGCUGUGCCCAGGACACCAGGCUGUAACGUACACGAAGGACCGGAUGAUUGCUCAGAUUUUCAACGGACUCCACGCAACAAAGGUUUUGGAGAUGAGAAGGCAUCACCAAGGGUAAUGGUACCUCCAACAACACCAGACAUACCAGCAUGCAGCCCAGCAAGUGAAACAGGAAGUGAAAACAGUGUUAGUAUGGCUGCACAUACGCUAAUGAUUCUCUCGAGGGCUGCAAUUGCAAGGACUACUGGUACCACACCUCUGAAAGAUAGCACCUGUCAAAUCAAGUCUCCACUUAGCCAGACAAAAAAAAGAAAACUAGAAGAACGAGAGGAAGAAUAUAGACAGCAGUCUUUAUCCAGCAGGGCAGAUCUUCAAAAUUCCAACUCGCCUGGAAAGAAGAAACGGUCAAAAUCACAUAAACACAAGAGAAAGAAACACCUGGACUCUUUUCCUGUUGAAAUGGAUGUAGAUAAAUUUUUGAGUUCACUGCAAUAUGAUGAAUGAUUAUGCAGAAUUCGAUAUGGCCUUAAUUUCAUGAAGAACUGAAGUGUUCUUGUAUCCUACUCUGUUCAUCCUAUAUCAUAACUGAUUCCUGGUGUUGACAUACAAAAUUCUAAAUAAAUUACAAUGCCCUCGUAACAGCACUUAGUACAGUUGUUGAAAUUUACUGAGCAAGGUCACCUUUGCACGGUGUAGUCGAAGGGCAAGUCUUGUAGAAAAUGACUGACAACUAGAUUAUGCUUUUUCUGAAACUUGGCCUGUAUAUUUUAAGUUGCAAUUGUUAUUAAUAUUAUCAGUCAACCUGUAAAUACUGUAAAGCUUUGAACUAUGCUUUAAUAAAUUUACUUUGUGCAAGGGAGCACAAUUAACUGGCA